AUGAAAGUAGUGGCUUUAAUCAGUGGUGGAAAAGACAGCUGUUACAAUAUGAUGCAUUGUGUUGCUGCUGGGCACAAGAUCGUUGCCUUAGCCAAUUUAAGACCUGCUGAAAACAAAGAAGGCACAGAUGAGCUGGACAGUUACAUGUAUCAGACAGUGGGGCAUCAUGCCAUACAACUUUAUGCUGAAGCAAUGGGUUUGCCUCUUUAUCGCCGCACCAUUAAGGGUACUAGUGUGGAUAUUGGCAGGACAUAUACUAGAUGUGAAGGUGACGAAGUUGAGGACCUUUAUCAGCUUCUAAAACUUGUUAAGGGCACUACUAGGGUGACCUUGCCUGCUGAAUAUGGCGUUCUGGAUUUGUAAAACUCUCGCAUGUAUUCGGAAAUGGGCAACCGCAUUGUUUACAGGACGCCAAAUGAACUGUGCACUCAAAACAUUGAUAAACACACAUUUCCUCCUUUUAUCAGGGAGAAUACACAAUGUGAAGUAUGA